ACUGGCGAGUGGCGAGUGUCCAGGAAGCUUCUCGAAUUCACCUACUGCCCAUUUAUAUUACCAACAACACCACACGGACUCGUUGAAUCCAACCCCAAAUCGAAUUUCGCAAUCACCUGGAGAUGGCAGACGACGGUGCCGUCACGCUCUACACCGGCAGCGCCAUUGCCGACACCAAGAAGAGCUCCUACUCUGUCAAGGUCGCCCUGGCCCAGAUACUCCGAGGCGGAGCGAUUAUCGAAGUCAACAAUGCGGAGCAGGCCAAGACCGCCGAGGCCGCUGGGGCCUGCUGCGUCGUCGUGUCGGACCUGUCCCGAGGCGGCAUUUCCCGCAUGCCCGAUCCAUCCCUCAUCAAGGAGAUCAAGCGGGCGGUCUCAAUUCCGAUAAUGGCGAAAGUCCGAGUCGGGCAUUUCGUCGAAGCCCAAAUCCUCGAGGCCGUUGGCGUGGAUUACAUCGACGAGAGCGAGGCUCUUGCCGUGGCCGACGAAGACAAUUUCAUCAACAAGCACAAUUUCGGGGUGCUGUUUGCCUGUGGGUGUCGGGAUCUCGGCGAGGCCUUGAGGCGAGUGCGAGAAGGCGCGGCGAUGGUAAGGAUUCAAGGCGACCUAGCUGGAACCGGCAACAUUGCUGACACAGUUCACAGCGUGAGGAAAGUGAUGGGCGAAAUCAGAGUUCUCACAAACAUGGACGAGGACGAGGUUUUCACCUUCUCCAAGAAGAUCGCUGCGACUUACGACAUCGUGGCCCAGACCAAGCAGAUGGGUCGUCUCCCCGUCGUGCAUUUCGCUGCCGGAGGCGUUUCCACGGCCGCCGACGCCGCGCUUAUGAUGCAAUUGGGUUGCGACGGAGUAUUCGUAGGCCCAGAAAUCUUUCAGGGUCCGGACCCGUACAAGCGGGUUCGUGCAAUUGUGCAGGCUGUGAGAAACUACAACGAUCCGCGUGUGUUGGCGGAGAUGAGCUCCGGGCUGGACGAAGCCAUCGGCCGACUGAAUCUCACUGAGAACAUGGUUGAACACUUUGGUUCUGGAAGUACCUUUUGAAUGUUUCCAUCCAUUCUGUGCUCUUGUAUGCAGAUUAGGCAUAGUGGUGGUAACGUUUCUUUUCCUUGAACUAAUAUCAUUCUAAUAGUGUGUGCUUUUGUGUCAA